AUGAGCGGCCAACAGGACGGCAUCAGCCUGUGCGAGAAAGCUCUCCACAUCGUGACUGAGCUCUGCUUCAGGGGGCUGGUGGAGCAGAAGAAAUGUUACGAAUUUAUCUUCAGCGGAGAGCGCAGGAAGAGCGGAAUCAGCGGAGCAGACAUUUCAGUCAGUCUCCUUGCUGUAGUUGUCUGUUUCUGUGGGCUUGCCUUGUUGGUAGUGUCUCUGUUUGUGUUUUGGAAGCUUUGCUGGCCGUACUGGAGGAAUAAAGAUCUCACCUCUAAUGCAAAUAACGUCCCUCAGCAAACAUCGAGUGAAGUUCCAGAACCUGUGGAGACUCCAGAGAAAAAGGAGAUCAAGGAGAUUAAAGAGAUUAAAGAGAAUGGGAAGAAUCCAGUCACACAACUGGCGACCGCCAUGAAGAUCAGCCAGACCUCCCCCGAUAUCCCUGCUGAAGUCCAAGCAGCUCUCAAGGAGCAUCUUCUCAAACAUACUCGUGUGCAACGCCAGACGACUGAACCGACAUCCUCCUCCAGGCAUAAUUCCUUCAAAAGGCACUUACCAAGACAAAUGCAUGUGUCGAGUGUGGACUUCAGUAUGGACAGCAUGCAAAGAGACAGCCUGCAGAGAGGGGAGACAACCACCAGUAUUGGACGAAUUAAACCGGAGCUGUAUAAACAGAAGUCUGUCGACUCUCAGGAUGGUGAGCAAGAGGAUGUGAAAACGAGUGGAAAAUUGAACCUUACCCUUAAGUAUGAUUACGAGAAUCAGCAUUUGAUCGUAACCAUUCUCAAAUCCUUGGACUUGCCAGCAAAAGACUUUUCUGGAACCUCGGACCCUUACGUUAAAAUUUACCUCCUUCCGGAUCGGAAAAAGAAAUUCCAGACUCGGGUUCACAGAAAGACACUCAAUCCCAUCUUUAAUGAAACCUUUCAGUUCCCAGUGCCCUUGGACCAGCUCAGCAACAGGAAGCUGCAUUUCAGUGUUUAUGACUUUGACCGAUUUUCGCGACAUGACAUGAUUGGGGAGGUAAUUGUGGAUAACCUGUUUGAGCUGUUGGAACCUCCGAGGGAAGAUACCAUCUGGAGGGACAUCAUUUGUGUCAAGACCGAAAGCGUGGAUUUAGGGGAGAUUAUGUUUUCUCUUUGCUACCUUCCAACAGCUGGUCGGAUGACACUGACCGUCAUCAAAUGCAGGAACCUUAAAGCCAUGGACAUCACUGGAUUCUCUGACCCAUAUGUAAAGGUUUCUCUAAUUUGUGAGGGACGAAGACUGAAAAAGCGAAAAACCACAACAAAGAAGAACACUCUGAACCCAGUUUACAAUGAGGCUAUCAUCUUUGAUAUUCCUCCAGAGAGUAUGGAGCAAGUCAGCCUCUCGAUUACAGUCAUGGACUAUGAUCGCGUCGGUCAUAAUGAAGUCAUUGGGGUUUGUCGUGUAGGACAAGAUGCCGAAGGCCUUGGACGUGAUCACUGGAAUGAAAUGCUGGCAUACCCUCGCAAACCGAUUGCCCACUGGCACCCAUUGGCAGAGGCACCAGGUCGAGCGACCAGCUUUGACAGUCAAGGAUCCUGCCCGUCUCCAAAGCUGCCACCCACACCGUAGAGCUGCUGCUUGUCCAAGGCUGAACACCUCUGAGUUGUUACUGGAGAGCAUCUGGAAAUGUCUGUCUUAUUGAUAGAACAGGAGUGAAGCAGUGCAGUAAUGUUCGUGUGGGUGAAGCCCACAACACUGUUUCAUGAGUGGACAGAGGUGAUGGGUCCAAAUACUCUGCAAAGAGCUACAAGGGAUCGCUAUCAUGUGAAAAUGUCGGUGACGGAGAUAACUCUUUAUUGAAAAUUUUAAAUCCUUUGAUUAGGAAAAUGGGAACAGAAGGAGCCCAGUCAACCCCACUUGCCCAUCCAGCUCAUUCCAUUCAAUAGUGGUUGACCCGUGUACCUUACACUAUUUCCCUACCUUGGUGAAGAAUUCUGAUCAACUGGUUAUGUCAUACGGCUACAAAUCUGAAAUGGUCUUUUCUCAAAGAUAUUGCCCUGACCUGCUGAAUAUUUGAGCACUUAUUUCAAACAUUCAGC